UUUCUCCCGAGUAGAUGAAAAAAUUUGAAAAACAAAAUUUCAAACUUUGCUUGGACGAAUAAGUUAUACAGUAACUCACUGUAACUGUAAAAGUGAUACCAAGUACAUCGAAGGAUGUAUUGUUUUUGGUUUUCUACGUAGUGCUUCGGAAGCACAAUCUAUUUCUAAUGUUAUUAUCAGCCCUAAAAACUCGAAUUACUUACCUUUACAUGUUCAUCACGUACUGAUGCUUAGGAAUGGAUAUUUCCGCUACAUUUCGGGGUCUCUGUAAAGCCCGAAAAUCGUUGGAGCAGCAUCUGCAGAAUGGAUCUGAUAUGGGAAGUGGGAAUAUUCAUCGGAAAAAGGCACCCGACACGGCUGGUGUCAAACGCGAGACAUCGCCAUUUCAAAAGCAUGCCAUUGAAAUAUUAAAUCUCUUGGCACAAGCCCGAGAUUACAUCUUAGCACAUAGAAAAGAAUAUCUGGAUUUCGAGGUGGGAUCGGAAUCUAAGCGCGUGGAUCUUGAAACAGAAGCCUUACGACAACUGGAAUGUUGCUCUGAUCAUCUUGUGUCCUUACAAAAAGAUGUGGAACACAAUCGAGUUCAAGUGAAACAACACAGAAGCGCUGUGGUCACCAUCCUAAAGAACUAUAUGACAACGGUAUCUAAACUUCUUACUGAUCAACAGGAGUUACGGGUCAAUCGAGCACUGGAACAUGCGAAGCUUUCAAAACUGGAAAGCAUGGGUACGAAAAGAGUGCCGAAAAAUCGCCCGGACCGUGAUGGGAAACGACUUAGGAACGAUGGAAACGACUCAAAUGGCCAUGCUCACCAUGUAAUGCUCGAAGAGGAUCAGUUACACUCUGCUCCCACCAAGGAAAUAUUUUCCGCCGAUGAGCUGCAAAUGUUUGAAAAUGAAAACGCCAGUUUAUACCAAGAACUCAGUGGAAUGCAGGACGAAAUUAAACGUAUAGAGAAUCAAAUGAAUGAAAUCUCAAAGCUGCAGAACAUUUUCACCGAAAAUGUGCUCGUACAAGAACAGCAAAUUGACGACGUUGCUGCGACUGCUGUUAGUACGACGGAAAACAUAAAAGCUGGAAAUAUUGACAUUCGAGAGGCCAUCCAAAAAACGGCUUCUUUCCGGGCGUGGAUUUUGUUCGUCGUAUUGGUACUGUCGUUCACUCUUCUUUUCCUGGAUUGGUACAACGACUGAGCCUUUUUGCCUUGAAAAAAGCGGAGUCUAUCGGAGCCUUCCACGAGAGAUGAUGAUGCCUUCCACGAAAAAUUGAUUGAGUUUUGUGUUGCUACAGGCGUUACGAUUAUAGCGCCAGGUUUUAUUUAACUCUGUGAUAUUUGCCGGUUUUUUAUACUGCUCUGCAGACUACUAUAAGCAAAGAAAAAGCUUGAAAAAUUAAACAGCUGGGAGUGUCUG